AUGGAGAAGACAGGUGACAGCAGCUCCUCCCUGCUGGAGACACUGGACGAGCUGGGGGAGAAGGAUCUCAAGAGAUUCAAGUACAAGCUGAGAAGAAUCCAGCUGAAGGAGGGAUAUCAAGCCAUCCCCUGGAGCCAGCUGGAGAAAGGGGACCAGGUGGAUGUUACUGACCUGCUGAUCAGGCACUGCGGGGAGCCCUACGGGGUGGAGGUGGCUGUGCAGGUGCUGAGAGACAUCCAUCACAGAGACCUGGCGGAGGAGCUCAGGGAGGCUGUUCCAGCCGAGCUUUUCAGCCAGAAGCAGAACUCAGACCCGCCACCGGCCCCGGAACGGGGGGAGGAAGUUGCUUUUACUCCAGAACAGGAAUCAGAGACUCCGCGACAUCCAGAACCGGAGGAGAGAGAUGUGUCCCAAGAGAGAAAACAAGCCACGCAGCUGGUUCUGAAGAAGCUGAACUUGGAGAAACACAGAAGCGAGCAGCUUACACUGAGGGAUCUCCAAAAGAUUAGCCCAGAAAGCCUAGAGAUCCUGGCUCCUAUUACAUUAGGGGAUUUACCAUGGCAUUUCCUGAGGAAAAUCAUAGCUCUGAAUGGGACCGCCAGAAACACAAGGCUUGUGCACGGGGGACCUGGUGAUCAAGAACCCAGUGAGGAGCUGGAAGUACACACUGAUUGCAAUAAUGUUUCUCUGAGUCACAUGGACAGCGCCAAGCUGCUUUGCUCAGACAGUUUCCUGCAGCAGGAGAUCCUGUCCAGAAUGUCCAUGUGCCAGUUUGCCCUGCCUCUGCUGCUGCCCGCCCUCGACUCCCCCAGGUGCACCCUGCUGCUGUGGGCCAUGCGGGACAUUGUGAGGAGGUGGCGGCCGCACUCCCUGGCACAGAGCCGAGGGUUCAGGGAGGAGAGCCUGGUGCUCACCCCAAUGCCAACCGUCUCCUUUGUGCGGCUGGGCAGCUGCCGCUUCUCCAAGUCCCAGCUCCUCAACGAGGUUCUCAGCCCCGCCCAGCAGCACCACGACUUCUUUGUGCAUCGGGACAUGGAGUCUGGGAAUGUCCCACGGGAAAUCGCCGACGGGCUGGUCGAGAUUGCCUGGUAUUUCCCUGCCGGGCAAGAGAAUUUGGAUCUUUUCCCCGAGCCCGUUGCGGUUACAAACCUGCGCGGGGACAUUGAGUCGCACUGGCUGCAGUUCAGCUUUUUAACACAAGUUUCUUCAGCGGUGUUCAUAUUAACUGAGAGCGUCGGUGAGCGAGAAUACGCCCUGUUGUCGUCUCUGCAGGGAUCUGCCACUCCGUACUACUUCAUCUUUAACUGCAAGCUCGAGAACCCCGAGGAGACCCUGGGCUUCCUUUGUAAACUGGAGUCCGCGCUGAAACUAGACAAACCCCGUGUGCUGAUGAGACAGAACUCCCUCAGCCUUGCGCAAUUUGUGGAGAAGCUGCAAUCCACCGUUGGAAACCUCCUGGAGUCCUCUCCCAGAGCCACAGCCCCAGAGCUGGGCAUCCGGGUGGAUGAGGAUGGCGAGGGAUGCCAAAAUGCGAGCCAAUGGGCGGCAGGAAUCACAGCGGAAAUAGAGGACGUGGCAAAGUACAAGAGGGAAUCCUUGAGACUUCCAGAGGGUAUGGCCAAAGCAGAGGAAGAGCAAAGAGAUCCUGCCCCUGAGCUCCAUACAUCUCAGCAAAGAGAGGAAUGGCUGGACUGGGACACCCUGCAGGGUGAAUGUGAACUCACCGAGGGGAUGGUCAAGUUUACUGCUGGGCUGGGGAAACUCUCUCCGGUGGAAACUCACUACUUCCUGAAGUGGAUGAAAUAUCGGCUGGGUCACGUCGUUCAGGGGACUCCCUCCAGAUGGACUGACUAUGCUGAGAACUCUCAUGCUGGAAGAGAUGAUCCUCCACACAGAGCAGAACGGCAUGAACCAAUGUCCUCCAGUUCCUUAGGGGUGGAGCAUUUCCUGCGCGGGGUGGGGCGGUUCUAUGAAGCUGAAUGCGCAAUGGUGAAGGGAGGAAAAAAGCUAAAAACCCAAAGAAAAUACACCCAUCUCCCAGGCAUCGCUGCUGAGCUGAUGCUGGAAGGGUUUCCCUUAGAGCUGAUGGAUGGAGAUGCCGCCAACAUCCCCCUGCAGUGGGUGACCGAUGUUCUGACUGAGCUCCAUGCCAAGCUGGGGGGAAGGUCCAGGAUGCUGGUCCUAUCGGUGAUGGGCGGGCAGGGCACGGGGAAAUCCACCCUCCUCAACACCAUGUUUGGCCUGCAGUUUGCAGUGAGCAGCGGCCGAUGUACACGAGGAGCCUUCAUGUCGCUCCUCAAAGUGGCAGAGACCUUUCAGCCGGUCCUGGGCUGUGACUGCCUCCUGGUGAUCGACACAGAAGGCUUGAAAGCCCCCGAAUUGGCCAAGCUGGAGGACCGUUACCAACACCACAACGAGCUGGUCAUGCUGGUGGUUGGACUGAGCGACAUCGUCAUCGUUAACAUGGCCAUGGAGAACGCCACCGACAUGCAGGACAUUCUGCAAAUCAUGCUAGAUACAUUUCUGAAAAUGGAGAUUGUCAGGGAACAUCCAAACUGCCAAUUUGUCCAUCAGAACGUCAGUGAUGUGUCUGGGUGUGAACCCCACAUGGGAGAUUGGUAUUCAUUCCUGCAGCCGCCGGAGGAAAUUACUCUAGCCGCAGCUUCUACAGAAAAAGGAAUCAGAGAAAUGAAAUGUCCUGAUAUUAUAUAUCAUGAUCCAGAGAAACAUAGUUGGUACAUCCCUGGUUUUUGGUGUGGAGUCCCUCCCAUGGCUCCAGUGAAUAUCAGAUACAGUCAGAGUGUGUUUGAGCUAAAGAAAUACCUGAUUGAAUGCAUGAGAAGAUCCUCAUCUAACAGACCCCUUAAGGACGUUCCCCAGUUGAAUGAGUGGGUAAGGAGUUUGUGGAAUGCUAUCAAACAUUCCAGUUCUACCUUCAGCUUGAGAAAUAACUUUGUGGCUCACACGUACAACCAGCUGACUACCAAGUAUGCUGAAUGGGAAUGGGAUUUCCGCAAGGAGAUGCAUCUUUGGGUGUCUGAGCAAGAAACUUUUAUCCAGAAUCAGCCUCGAGCUGAACUAGAUCUUCUGCCUUUAAGUAGGUUCAAACAUGAGGCUCAGCAGAAAUUGCAGCACGAAGAACAGAGGCUCUUGGAUGCUUUGCAAAAAUACAUUGACAGUGGAGCUGAGAAUUUGCUCCUGACAGGGAAGUACCGGGAAGAUUUCAUCAGGAGCACCAAUGGCCUCACAAAAGAACUCAAACGGUAUUCAUUCAGCAAGUGUAAAGAAGCGCUUGACUGCCAAAACACCCCAGAGAUAUUGGCCCACCAGAUCCAAGCCAUGAACAUGCAGACAAUGCAAAGGAACACAGACAGAUUGUCGGCACACUGCAGGAAAAGAGAAUGUGAAAUAGAUUGUAAGGCUUUGGAAUUAGAUGAAACUUUGGCUGAGUUCUUAUUCAGUCAUGUGCAGAAGAUCCAAACCAUGGUGUUCCAGCAAACCAAUGACCUAAAUAACGAAGGGGUUGCAGGCAAUCCAAAGCUACAGCAAAGAGGAAGCCGGUUGAAUUGUUGUGCUAGCACCGUCCGAAUGAAAAAGGAGCAUUUAGACUUUUUAAUGUGGACCGAACACAUGAGAGAAGUGUCCACCAACCAUCACGGGCAGAAAGCAGAACUUGUAAUGACCUCGCUGGAAAAUGGCAGGACUGGCAGAGAUGAAGAAGUCACAUUCAUGACUGACUACAUUGAAAUCUUCCAGAGAGAAUUGCCAGGCAUGAUCAACGAGAGACUUCCACAGGCUGGAGAACCUGUUUCUAGCAUGUAUUUAGACACUGACCAUGAGGAUCACAUUUGGGAGGAGGGGACACGUGUGUUUCAGAAGAGUCAUGAAGAUACCAUCAAAGGCAAAGGCCCUCCACAACAAAGCGAGAAGCAGAAGCCUCCGUAUCUCUCCCCAUUUAGAACCCCGUCAUUGGAAAAGGAUGCCUUUCAAAAGGAGAUCCAGAUGUUCUGUGAGGAGUGUCUGAGGCCAGCCCUGAUGGAUUAUGUUCAUAGGAUGCUGGGUAUAAACAUAGUGGGCAAUUUUCUCAACAGUGCACAGGCGACAGGCUACCGCAAUCGGAGCAUCUUCCAAUUUUGGUUGCUGAGCAGACUCUUGGAGGAGAUGAACUUUGAUUGCUACGUGAAAUACAUUAAUAACUAUGAAGCGUUUGCCAAAACCUGGAUAUGGACACACCUGUUAGAUCACUACAAAGAGACGAGGGGCUUGGUGGAUCUGCAGAAAGAGCUUCUGUCCACGGUAAUAAAGAAAAUCAGGGAUGCUCUGGAGAACUCCAAGACUCAGGUUGACAUUUCAGGCAGCUUUUUCAAAUCUUUGCAAAGAGAUCUUGUAAUAUCUAGGGACAGUUUAGCCAGAAUCCAGCUUAUUAACCCAACAAAUCCCAACCAAUUUCCCACUGCUGUCCAAGCUUUCCUGUCCACAUUUGAGCAAACAAUCUUAGCCCAAUUUGAAGACUUGGAUGUUGAGUCUAAGCUCUCCAUCCUGCCUCUGAAGCCCCAGGAAGAGAUUUUUAAGCGUGUAUUUGGCUGUGGGUACUGCUGCCCAUUCUGUAAAGUCCCAUGUGAAGCAGGAGGCAUGGAUCACAAAAUGCAUUUUGCAUCAGUCCACCGGCCUCAGGGGCUCAUAAAACCCAAGAGAGUCUUCUCACCCUGUUUGGAAAAAGAACCAAAAAUUGAUUCUUCUCCGUGCUCUUCUGGAUGGCUUAUCAAAGAUUCCCAUGUCCACAGAAGUCACUGUUUUUGUGAAGAUGAAGUCUUGGGCUAUCCUUCUCCAGCUGAUCCGAGCUACAAAAAUUCCAACUAUUGGAAGUUUGUUUUCAAGGAGUUCAACCAACAGUUUGCUCGAGAGUACGGAACUAAACCUGCCGAUCUGCCCAGGGACUGGGCUAACAUAACCCAAGGGCAGGCACUGGAAAGCUUAGAGGAAGCUUUUAAAGGGGCAAUCUCAGUGUCAGGUCAAAACUGGCUCCGGAUUGUGCAAAAGAAACCCAAGGUGUUUCCAUGAUACGUGUUCAACACAGUUCUAAUGGAAACAGUUUUCUUUUCGAUACAGUACAUCUUGUGCAGCUAACACUAAAUCAUUAGCUACCUCUAGUGAUUGGAGCCAUUGUAGACAUCUGUGAAUCUGCUCCUGCCUUUAAGUUGCAUGGGACCGAAUUUGAUUCCCCAGUUUUCGUUUUCUUUUGGAAUACUGAUGUAUUUAAUUUUUGUUAUUUAUUUGCAUUGCUGUAGCAUUUAGACGCUUUAAUCGCAGACCAUGGACCUGAGGUGCACACAGAACAAGAAGGCAGUCCCUUGAACUCUUUAAUUCACACACUGAGAAAAUUCUCUCUUCAAAUGGGUGUCAGAGUUAAAAUCUGUGUGCUUAAGGGAUGAUUGGUGUGUAGUAUCCACACACAUCCUCCCUUUGGAGGCAGGCCGGGGUUGUGAUACCACUGUGGUUACAGUCUAGAGGUGACUGUCUUUAGGCUGAAAGCAUCAUGGUCCACAGGCCAGAGUCAAUAUGACAGGCCUCGGGUACGGGGCUGUGCAACCUAAUGGCCAGAGUCCAUACAACUGUUGUGUUCAGGGGCGUGGUUUAACAACUAGUCCAUAUAACUGCCCUCAGGGUAUCAGAGCUCUUCAGUCCAGUAACUGGAGUUAACACAACAGCCUUCAGGGUCAGGGCAGCAUGGCCUAGUGGCCAGAGACAGAAAAGUGAGCCAUCGUGCAGGGGUGGGAAGCAGCCAGGGUAGGGGGAACCCAGCCUCCCUUUCCACCAGUCCCAGCCCAUGGCUCUAUCAAUGACAGGUGUAGUCACCACCCAGUCACCAAAGAAUCCUACAGCAACAUGCUUAGCUUGCUCGGAUGGGAGACACCUCCCCGGGCCACUUCUUCCCAUCUCUCCUGAGAGACGGGUCCCUACAUCGCUGUGGUCUCUGGGUUCCCUGGCAGGGGUCACUCCGUGGAAGUCUGAUUGCUGGCCGGUGGUUGACAGAAGGCAGCAGCUCUCCAGCUGGUCGCUGGGUUCUCUGGUUCCCACAGUCAGUGGGUAUAGAGGCUUCUGGCCUUGCACUGCCACCAAGUAUCCGCUUUCCUUGGCAGUCAGCCUAGAACGAGCUGAGCUGCUCCCUUUUAUAAUGAGAGUCUGAGGGGCGGGACAUUGGUUGCCCAUAAUGUGAGGUUAACACUUUCUUGCCCAGGGCAGCGUAUGCACAUAUCACAGUGAUCCAGUUGUUAAGGUGCUAACUUGAGAGACUUGGGGGUCAACUCCCUGCUCUGACACAGGCUUCCUUGGGACAGUCACUUACCUUCUCUGUGCCUCGGUUUCCCUAACUGUGCAAUGGAGAGAAUAGCUCUGCCCCACCUCACUGGAGGGGAUAUGAGAAAAGAUACAUAGGAUCGUGGGGACUCAGAUACUACAGUAAAGGGGAUCUGUACACAUGGCGUGUUCCUCAUGACCACACCAGGGCAGCUGGAGAAGUAAGAAUGAUGCUCUGCUGCAGAAACUCAAAGAUGAGGUGGAUCUAUAUGGCUGGCCAAAGCUGACCAGCCCCCUCUCAAGGGACAGGAGGUUUUCUGUAUCAGAAGGUCUCAAGAUACUUUCACUGUGUAACAACUUGUUUCCCUUGUUUAAUUUGAGGUGUGCCUGUUGAAAAGAGGCUUGAUUGUGUUAUGAGAUGGGGUUGCCAUUUUGUUUGGUUAUGACAACGAGUCUGCCAUGCUGGGCAGGGCUCUUACUCCUCCCAGAGGAGGAGAAGGUGGAAAGUUUAGAUAGAGCGGGAAGGAGAAGGUGGGAAUGGCAUGGGGCUCUCAUUCUCACUUCAGGCUCUCUAGAUUGCUUCUUGGAGAGAGUGGGGCCGUGGCAGCCCCGCCCUGAGGCAAGCCGUCUUUCUCUCUCUCUCCGAAAGGGCACGGUAGCAUCAGCCUGAGGCAACUGCUGAGGAGUGGGAGCGGGACAGCUUGGUGUUUGCUGUUUUACUGGGGAGUCCACGUGGAUUUAUUCUGGUUAAGUCGAGCUCACCCGCACACAAAACAGCGCAAAAGGGGAUCGGGUGGAGGCUCGUUAGGGAAUCCAGAUCCGCUUCUGUUCCUGUCAACUUCCAUCAUCAUCAUCUCAGGGGCGAUCGCUGGCAACCCAGGAUCCUGACAGCCACGAGGUAAGGCAGAAAGCUCCCAGGUCUCCAUUGUACUUACCUGUAUGUUUAAUCUGUGGUAGUUCUAGCCCUACAUUUUCAUCCUCCCUUCCCUUCUCCCCUCGGUUCCUUGUAUUCAUCCAUCUCCUUCCCCUAGUAAACAGAGUUUGGUUCAGAGUCCGGAGUGGCUCAUUUUAUUUACUCGGUCAGCUCAGAGAGAUGAGCUCAAAGAGGGAACCUUGGAAGGAGACCUGUGCAACUCUUUAUUGGUAUGACUACACUGCACUCUAAAAUCAAAAUAAGAG